CAGAUCAACAUGCACGUGUACAUUGUCGUCGCGCUGUCCGUAAUAGCGUGCGCGCAUGCGCAGGUUCACGGCGGUUACGAAAACGCUGGCUUAGGAGGCGGUUACGGAAACGCUGGUUACGGAGGCGGUUACGGAACCACUGGCUACGGAGGCGGUUACGGAAACGCUGGUUACGGAGGCGGUAACGGAAACAUUGGUUACGGAGGCGGUAACGGAAACAUUGGUUACGGAGGCGGUAACGGGAACAUUGGUUACGGCUCCUCCCGCGGCUACGGCCAAAGCCGUGGCAACAACUACGCGCCGAGCAGCCAUGGCGGAUACGGACAGCAAGGACAGGGCUACACCAGGCACCCGGAGUACUUCACGACGGCGCACUACGGACCCAUCAAGAGCGGUAGACUGGAGGGAUCGGGCAAGAGGACGAGCGGACUGAGUUUGUCGAAGCAGGGCAAGGCCUACGGCUCCCUGUACGCCAAGGAUGUGGCCGACGCGCAGGAGACUGCUGCCAAGAAGAGAGGAUACGAGUACAACUACAG